AUGAAGGUUGCUUGUAAGGCGCCUCAUGGCGCGUUAGUGCGUAUAUUUAGGCGUUUUUGCUACUCAGAUGCCAUCAUAACCGGGCGAUUUGCUUGUCUGUCCACCCUCGCAACGCCUCAAGGCAGCCGCACCAAGCAAACUUUUGGCAUCCAGGGAUCGCAUCUGAAUUGUUUCAGACGGUUUUCCACGGUUCAGUCUCACUCUGGUGUCACCUCUGAGGCUGAUAUAGAGCCUGGAAAUGACAUAUUUGCCUCUGCAACUGCCGAGGGUCAUGGCACGGCAAAGGCCAACAGGGGGGCCGUUUCAACUGCGGAAAUCCUAGCAACGUGUGCUGAACUUGCCGAGGCGAUAGUAUUUGACAGGAACAAGCAUUCGGCGCGCAUAAGGAAUCUGGUAUCAUCCCUCGGACCUAAAACGUUCACCGAUGCGUUGCAGGAGCUGGACUGCCUGAACAUAUUGGACACAAAAAAGCGCGACGCUCCGAAGCUGACCGUAGAGAACCUUGUUGGCAGCUUGUCCAUGCUGUCAGAGGUGUGCUACGUGUCAGCAGCUGCGGGGAUUAAGGUGCCGGCCAACCUGUUGCUGGGCUAUGCCGCCACUUUGCAGCAGGCGCUUUUGCAGCUGCUGACUAACAGUGCGGAAGACACGUCCAAAGCCCCAACGUCUCUGCAGUUUAACUCAAUUGCUCUAUCCUGUACUGGAGAAGAGCGGAAUACUUUGUUGGAAGGGAUUUCGGACUCCUUAGGGCUCAUACUGCUAAGCGCCGCCGAGUCGGGGAUUGGCCCUGACGUGCUGCCGCUGUGCAAUGAACUGUCAUCAGAGAACACUCUCGCAGGGUUCAUCGCACAGGCAACUGGGAGCUGUAUAAAUUCUGUGGCGUUUGUGCGUGCCAUGCGUGCGCUAGAGUCAACUGGCAAAGUGGACGGCGGUAACCCAGAGCUGACGGAGAUAUUGCCGUCGCUGCGCCAAACCCUCACGGCGCUAUCGAACAAAGAGAUGACCAUGACACUCCGCGAUUUGUUCUACUGCAAGCUGUGGAUUACGUGUGUAACGGGCCACAAUACUGACUUCGAAGGCGAACUGGAUCAUAUGGGCCGCAGCUUCGUGGACAACGUGGCCACGAUUGACCACAUCGUGGAGGCCACUGGAAGCAUCAGUGACGCAGAUACGGCCAUGUAUGCCCAGCUGAGGAGGGACAAACGUGAAGUUGACCUAGACUACCUCACCCUGGAGCCGUUUGUGUUCCCACUGAUCGGCUUCUCCGAUAAGGCACUGUACGAAGCCGAUGUUCCCGAGUCCUAUUUCGAUGCUGAUGCACGCGCAAACAAGCGCGAAUGGCUCAAAUGGCGAAGCGCCAUUGCUGAGCUCAACGAGUGGAAGAUCGUGGAGGUGCGGCUGUGA